CAACAACAACAACAACAACAACAACAGCAACAACAACAACAACAACAACAACAACUACUACUACUACUACUACUACUACUACUACAACAACUACAACAACAACAACAACAACAACAACAACAACAACAACAACAACAACAACAACAACAACAACAACAACAACAACAACAACAACAACAACAACAACAACAACAACAACAACAACAACAACAACAACAACAACAACAACAACAACAACAACAACAACAACAACAACAACAACAACAACAACAACAACAACAACCACAAAAACCAUAA